AUGGAAAAGAAGCGUAAAUUAAAUGUUCUUUCAAUUUCAGACAAAGUUCGUUUAAUACAGUUAGUUGAAAAAGGUGACCGUAAAAAAUGUGAAAUCGCUAAAGAAUUCAAUAUUCCACCAAAUACAUUAUCGUCAAUUAUUAAACAGAAAGAGAAAAUAAUGAAGUUCAAUUGUGGAAAUAUGAAAAAAAUGAGGAUGACUCCUUAUUUAGACAUUGAUAAAUGUUUGCUAAAAUGGUUUACUCAGUGUCGAGAUAAAAACAUACCAUUAAAUGGAACAAUUUUACUUGAAAAAGCAAACGAAUAUGCACAACAACUAGGACACACUAAUUUUAAAGCUAGUAGUGGAUGGCUUACAAAUUGGAAAAAAAGACACGAUGUAGUUUUUCGAACUGUCUGUGGGGAAAAAGCUUUAGUAGACACACAUUGUUGUUCAAAUUGGAUUAAAAAUGUAUGUGGAACAUGGACAGAUAACGACAUUUUAUCAGAAACCAUAGAAAAUACCAGCGAGAGUGAAGACGAACCACAAAAUGAGGAGGAAGUCAUUUUUACCCAAGUAACAAUUCAACAAGCUAAAGAUGCUUUAAAAACACUAAGGAAUUUUGUUGAGACUACUACAGGUAUGGAUGAUAAGGCUUUUUCUGCAUUAAAUAAUUUGGAAGACGUCGUGGCAGAAAGAAGUAAUAUGAAGCAAACCUUAAUGACAGAUUUUUUUAAAGAAAAAUAA